UUAUGAGACAAUAUAUCGAGGCGAAGAUAGUUAGUUACAUUGUUGUUGUUUACGAUACCUCUAUUUGUUGCGCCUAAGGUUUAGAAAAACACAGCAGCGAAAGAUGAUGAAAACUACCUUGUUAUUGGUAGUUUUCACAUUAUUUGUUGUCGUCUAUCAAACAUCAGCCGUUCCUGUGGCCUCCUCUUACAAGAUAGAAAAUGAAAAUGUUAUGGACGUAAUGGAGGCCAAGGAGAAAAGUGAAGAGGCCAGUGACGAUGAAAAGGCCAAAGAUGAUGAGGAAGAAGAGGCGGAUAAGGAGGAAGAAAAAUCUGAUGAAGAGAAAAAAGAAGAUGAUGUGAAAAACGACGACGAAGACGAGAAGGAAGGUGAAGAGAAAAAGGAAGACGAAGAAAAGAAGGAGGAUGAGGAAAAGAAGGAUGACGAUGAGAAGAAGGAAGACAAGGAAGAAGAUGAGGAGGAAGACAAAGAGGAGGAACCUGAUCUCAACGACCAACAGAAUGAUCAAGAGUCAUCUGGGGAAGAAAGUGUAGAUCUUGACUCCGAUCAUCUCGUGCUUCAGGGAAGCGGCAAUGGAAAAAUCAAAGGAGUGGUGAUAGACGAUUCAGACAAAGAAAAGGACAAACCCGAGAAGCGAUCCGUUGAUGAUAGCAAAAAGCCUUCCAAGAGUGCACAAGUCCAAGAUAAACGUAGCUGUUGUGGUUGCUGGGGUGAACCAGGUGAAGGCUGCGGCUGUGGUAACUGCUGUGGCGGCUUUGAAUGCCCCCAUUGCUGCGGAGGCUGCGGGUGCGGUUGCUGUCCGCAUCUGAACUUCCCCGUCACGUUCGGUGCAUGUGUUAACAAUCCGUGCUGCGAAUGCUGUCAGAAAAAGCCACCGAAAGGCAAAUGUCAGUGGCCUUGCAUGUGGCCCUGCUGCUGCGAAUGUGACCCGCCUAAGUUUAAAUUCACACCAAUCAAGCCCAAACCGAUGUGCCACUGUCCACACUGCCAUGGAUGCUGCGGCGGAAAGAAGAGCGCAGGUCCAUUAAAGAGAGGUGAUGUGGAAAAGCGUUGCGGGUGCGGUGGAUUCGGUGAUGGCUUUGGAUACGGUUACGGCGGUUUUGGUCCGUAUGGUUUCGGUGGUUAUGGACCUUUCGGUGGAUACGGACCAUUUGGAUACGGACCUUUCGGUGGAUAUGGAGGAUAUGGAGGAUAUGGAGGAUAUGGAGGAUAUGGACAUGGCUUUGGCCCUUUACCAUUCUACUAGGUGAGUACAGUUUUUCUGUUUUACGUCACUGGACUAGUUAGGCACAGUGAUAAUGAUAGUAACUGA